AAAAGAAAACUGUCAAGCACUCGAAGUAAAAAAAAAUAAAAAUGGAGAUAGACAUGAAAGCUGAGUCAAAUGUAAAUCCUCCACGUCACAGUUCAGAAACAACGUAAGGGAAGCGAAAUAGUUGUAGUUCGCUCGCUCCCCCAUUCUGCCUUUCUGGUGUGGUGUCCUGUCGUGGAAGAAUAGUGAGGAUGCAGAGGGUGUUUGGAGCGGCCGCGAGGAGGUCUCUGUCUCUUUUAAAUACAAACAAGAAACUCCCACAUCCUCCUCCUCCUUCUGCCUCUUCUUUCUCCACCGCUUCUACCUCUUUUCUCUUCGAUGAUACUCAACUCCAGUUUAAAGAAAGUGUUUCUCAGUUUGCUCAAGAAAACAUAGCGCCUCAUGCCUCCACAAUAGACCAAUCAAAUUAUUUCCCCAAGGAAGUCAACUUAUGGAAACUCAUGGGAGACUUUAAUCUACAUGGGAUUACUGCACCAGAGGAAUAUGGUGGACUUGGUCUUGGUUACUUAUACCACUGCGUAGCAAUGGAAGAAAUUAGUCGUGCUUCAGGAUCUGUUGGCCUUUCUUAUGGUGCCCAUUCUAACCUCUGCAUCAAUCAGUUGGUGAGGAAUGGAAAUCCUGCUCAAAGACAAAAAUACUUGCCCAAGCUUAUUAGUGGAGAGCAUGUAGGAGCACUUGCAAUGAGUGAACCCAAUGCUGGCUCUGAUGUUGUUAGCAUGAAAUGCAAAGCUGAUCGUGUAGAUGGAGGCUAUAUCAUAAAUGGAAACAAGAUGUGGUGCACCAAUGGGCCAGUUGCUCAGACAUUGGUUGUUUAUGCAAAAACCAAUGUCACAGCUGGAUCAAAAGGAAUCACGGCAUUUAUCAUUGAGAAGGGAAUGCCUGGAUUUAGCACUGCCCAGAAAUUAGACAAGCUUGGGAUGAGAGGAAGUGAUACAUGUGAGCUUGUGUUUGAGAAUUGUUUUGUUCCAGAAGAAAAUGUUCUUGGGCAGGAAGGAAAAGGUCCAUUCAUUCUAUUUUCUUGUGUUUCUUUCAAGGAAGACCUUUGUGUGUAUGUCAUGAUGUCAGGGCUGGAUCUGGAGAGGCUUGUGUUGGCUGCUGGGCCACUUGGCAUCAUGCAGGCAUGUCUUGACAUUGUUCUUCCUUACAUUCGACAAAGAGAACAGUUUGGCCAUCCAAUUGGAGAGUUUCAGUUUAUUCAGGGGAAGAUUGCUGACAUGUAUACUUCCUUACAAUCUUCAAGGUCCUAUGUUUAUUCUGUCGCAAGGGAUUGUGACAGUGGUAGAAUUGACCCUAAGGAUUGUGCUGGAGUCAUACUUUGUGCGGCUGAAAGAGCGACCCAAGUUGCUUUGCAGGCUAUACAAUGUUUAGGUGGAAAUGGAUAUGUAAACGAGUACUCAACUGGUCGUCUUCUUCGAGAUGCAAAACUAUAUGAGAUCGGUGCAGGGACUAGUGAGAUCAGAAGAAUGAUCAUUGGUCGUGAACUCUUUAAGCAGUAAGAGGUAGCAUGUUGUCUAGAGCAUCCUGCAGCAGCAUCGUGAAUCAUUUUUCCCCGCCGUGUAUGAAACUCAUAGCGGGGCGACCAUUGUCAUAGAAUGGAUUGUCAUUGGCUUAUGUACACGAGCUAGCAUGAAAUAAUGGAAGACAGUGUUGCAUGCUAGUAAAACAACUUUUCUUCGUUACAUCUAUCGUUGUACUGUCUCAUCUCCUGUUUUUGUUGUUCCAUACUAGUAUCUCUCUCUCAUUGUUAUUCUUAUUGUUGAGUAACUCUUUAUUUUUCCACAACUAUAAAAAUUAUCUUUGAAAUUGGCAGCACAGCUUCCACAGCCUAAA